GCUCCCGUUAUCGGGCCCCCUGCCCAUUGUGAACUCACCUCACACCUCGACCACUCCUCCUCUCACUGACGAUGGCCCAAACAUCGAUCACAGAAGACUCAAUAAGGGCUGCUCUCAUAGAGCGGCUCAAGGCGACUCAUGUCGAGGUGCAAGACAUGUCUGGCGGCUGCGGCCAGUCAUUCACCUCGCUGGUCGUCUCGCCCGAGUUCGCGGGCAAGAACUCGCUCAAGAGGCACCGGCUGGUGAACGCGGCGCUCAAGGACGAGAUCGCGCAGAUCCACGCGUGGAGCGCAAAGUGCCAGACUCCCGAGGAGUACGACAGGGAGAUGGCGGCGACGGGCGGCCAGGACAGGCCUCCGCUGGACGGCACCGAGGGCGGGAAGGUGACGGGCAUGAGCGAGUGAGCGGUUGACAUCGGCACGAGCGAGGGCUGCCAGAUGGCUAGGUAGAUAGGCCGUCUUGCUUCGUAUUUAUUUGGGAUGUCAUGAAUAGAUGGAAACACAGCUAUGCCCCAAGAUCAAGCUCGUACAUGUCCGCCUUCAAAAAAAAAAAAAAAAAAAAAAGAAAAAGAAAAAGAAAAAGAAAAAAGAAAAAAAGAAAAGAAAAGAAAAGAAAAAAAAGAAAAAAGGAAAAAAAAGAAGAAGAAGAAGGAAGGAAAAAAGAAGGAUUAGUUGUGCGAGGUCGGCAAGGGUUGUCACACUGUUUCCUCACCGGGUGCUAUGGUGUUUGUCGAAGGGCCGAAUCCAAUGACGCUGACUUGUUACGACGGUUUGUUUACCAGGUAGCAACUGCUCAUUCCAUCCCAAUGCUUGACACUCGAGAAUGUAGUUGGCCGUGGCAUCCCAACAGGGGUACAUUCUGUGGCGCUUGUGCAAGGCUUCCGCAACCGCCCAACAGCAGGCCACCAGCGACAUUCUUACCUGUACCCUAGGUCAUGCCGAACGACGC